CCCUUGUUGUCAUUGUGAUGGAGGCGUCUGUAUCAAACUUAGAAGUCUGCAAUUUUGCAUUUACAGGAAAGUUUGAAGAACUGAAAAAAUGUGUUUUGUCAGAUAAAUCACUCGCAUCGAAAACAGAUCAGGAUAACAGAACUGCUCUUCACUGGGCAUGUUCAGCUGGUCAUGCAGAUAUUGUGGAAUUUCUGCUGGAUUUCGGAGUUGAAGUGAACCUUAAAGAUGAUGCUAGCUGGACCCCAUUGCACAUCGCAGCCUCUGCGGGACGAGAAGAAAUUGUAAGGUCUCUGAUAAGAAAAGGCGCUCAGUUGAAUUCAGUGAACCAGAAUGGUUGCACCCCGCUCCACUACGCUGCAUCAAAGGACCGAUAUGAGAUAGCCCGUCUUCUGCUGGAAAAUGGUGCCGACCCAAAUGCCACAGACAAAUUGUAUUCCACACCUUUACACAGAGCCUCAGCCAAAGGGAAUUACCGUCUUAUCCAGCUUCUCCUGAAAGAGAGUGCUUCCACCAACAUACAGGAUUCAGAGGGCAACACACCUCUUCACCUUGCGUGCGAUGAAGAGCGGACAGAGGCAGCGAAACUGUUGGUGGAACAUGGUGCCAGCAUCUACAUUGAGAACAAAGAGGAGAAGACACCCUUACAGGUUGCCAAAGGGGGCCUAGGCACCGUGCUUAAGAGGAUUGUGGAAGGCUGAACUACUCACUGGGCAAUCGGAUGUGGGGACGUGUACUUGUGGAACCAGAUGCGGCAGAACGCAGCUCCAGUGGGCUGUUAAGAGGCUAGUUAACAGAGCAUGUCUGAGAGCGCAAAGCUUGGGUAAUGACAGUUAGACAAACGAAAACUGUCAGGGCGGAUGUUGUAUGUAUGUAGGUGGAACCAGUUAAAGAAACGUAACUGUACACCAUAUGUUUCUUUGGCAGU